AUGGAGAAGAUCUUCAAUGCAAUGGGGUGCCAUGAGGAGAACAAGGUUGUCUAUGCCACCUACUUACUGUGUGGGGAGGUGGAGUUUGAGCAUGGAUUGAGGCCAAACAUCCGGGCUGCAGUCAGUGUGUUUCAACUGACGGACUUGCCCACUCUGGUGGGCAAGAGUAGAAUCUUUAAAGCUAACUCAAGGGGGAAGACAAUGGAUACUAGGGGAGCUGGCCCAGUGAGACAAGAUAGAAGACCUCCUAGGUUCUCAAGUAGACCGUACUCAGGAUCAAAUAGCUCUCAAUCUCGAGGGAGUUCUUCCCAGGAGAGGAGUAGUGAAAGUGGUUCAGGAUCGAGUUCUUUCAGAGGGCCGCUUAAGUGCUUCAGGUGUGGAGGGCCACACAUGGUGAAGGACUGCCCACAGCCGAGGAUAACUUCUAGCAACUGUGGGAAGUCGGGGCACGUUGCCAACGAGUGCUGGGCCGCCAAGAGGGGAGACAGUACAAGUACAGCUCAAAGGCCGAAAUUGAGAGGAAGUACGGGACAGAGUACGAGGCAGAAGCUGAGCAUUCCUGGUAGAGUCUUUGCUAUGAGUGAGGCAAAGGCUUCACAAUCCAAAGAGCUGAUCCGAGGUAAAUGUAUAAUUAAAGGCAUACUACUUGAUGUGUUGUUUGAGUCGAGUGCUACGCACUCCUUUAUAUCUGUGGACUGUGUGAAGAGUCUAAAUUUGUAUGUGAUGGAAUUGUCGUGUAAUGUUGUGGUGACUACCCCUACGAGUAAGCCAGUUGUGACGUCAUAG